AUGAGGCUGUCUCUGAGCCAGUGUCUGCGAAUCGUAGAGGAAAACACAACUCCUCUCCCAAUCGAGGAAGCCGCUGUUCCUAAGGACGCAGAAGCAACUCCUAGUAGGCGAUAUGAGUUUGUAAUAACCCCAGAAAUCGAUUCUACGCCCGAACCAACUCCCGAUCAAAACGCAAAAGUACCAAACUCUAUUCUCCGCACUCACCGCUCCAGGACAAACAGUUCAUCGAGAACCUCCUCUCCUCGAUCGCGGAUUCCUCCUCCUCCACGGACGACCAAUCCCAGCUCUUCGAGGACGUAUUUCCCCGUUUCCCCUUUCUCUCUCCAGAUCCGCACCCUCUUCCUCGACCCCGACAUCCGCCAGCUCUACUACUCCUACGCCGCGUCUCUCCCGUCCUUCUACUUCUCGGGCGCGGACCCGCAUCUCCCGAAGCUGGCGAACGAAGUUUUUUUGACCCGUCUGCGCGAAGAACGCAGCGGCACGCCCAAGUCCCCGCCGCCCGACCCUCUCCUCGCCGCCCUCCACGACAAGAAACGCUCCCUCACCGCCUCCAACACCAUCAUCACUCCUCCUAUCGACGACAACGACAACGACACAUCAUCAACAUCAUCAACAUCAUCAUCUUCUCUCCGCUAUCCAAUCCCUUCCUGGAUCGUCGACGAAGUCGACUCCAAGAACCAGACCUUCACCACUUUCUCCGGCGAGCGCUUCUCCGCCGCCGACCUCCAGUCCAGCGCCUUUCUCCGCUCCCUCGCCGCCCAGGCGCGUUUUCCGCGCCGUCCCCGCGACAUCGAGCGCGCCAUCGACACCUUCGGCCUCUACCCCUUCCUCUCCCCGCGGCAAGCCCGCUCCCCCGCCAAACGGACCGUUGACCGCGGUUAUUCGCUGCUCGAUCGCCACCAGAAGCUCACCGAUGCGGGGAUCACCAUCGCGUUCGCGAGCGGGAAACGGAAGAGCGCGCGCGCACGCGUGGAAAUCCGCGAGGGCCAUGGCAACGUCGCCAUUAACGGGAAAUCAUUACUUGAGUAUUUCCCCGCAGGGAACUAUCGCGAUCAAGUGCUGGCGCCGCUGGCGGUGACGCUGGCGUUUCGACGAUUCGAUGUGAUGGCGAAUGUGAUGGGCGGCGGUAUGACUGGCCAGGCCGAGGCGGUGCGAUUGGCGUUGGCGAAGGCAGUGGCGAGUUUGGAGCCGGGAUAUGCGAUGGUGUUGCAGAAGGCGGGAUUGCUGAAGACGGACACGCGGAUCGUGGAGAGGAAGAAGCCUGGACAUCGGAAGGCGCGGAAGAUGCAGCAGUGGGUCAAGAGAUGAGCAUGGUCUUUUAUUUGGAAACAUGUUGAGUCUUUUGUU